AUGGAUAUCAAGCGAUUCAGAUCCAUCACGCACCUCACGCGAGUUACCGCCUUAGUACUUAAAUUCACGAAACUCAUGAAGGGAGAUAAGGACAGUCGCGCGCCAAUCAAAGUUAAGGACCUCAUUCAAGCAGAAAACAUCUGGUUGCAAGCCCUUCAAAGUGACAUUUAUCAUCAAGAAAUACAAGCGAUUAAUGGCGUACGAGUCAGAGCUCCCCUAGUUCGACAACUCCGUCUGUUUUUGGACGAUAACGGGAUCCUGAGAGUUGGAGGGAGAUUGCAAAAUGCACCACUGGAUUACGUAACCAAAUUUCCCGCACUCUUACCACGCGUUCAUGAUUUCACCGGACUCAUCGUUCAGCGCGCCCAUCGCAUCGUGCUUCAUUCGGGCAUACAGGCUACCACCACCAACAUUAGACACUCAUACUGGAUACCGCAAAUACGUAACGUAGUGAAAUCUGUACUUCGCAACUGCGUAAUCUGUAAGAAGCUUACAGGCAAGCCGUUCAGAUCACCGAUAUCUCCACCACUUCAGAGCUUCCGAGUGCAGGACGCUCCGCCUUUCGAGAUAACUGGCAUUGACUUUACCGGUCACCUCUUCGUGAUAACACCUACACAGGAGAAAAAGGUAUAUGUCUGUUUAUUUACCUGCGCCGUCACACGUGGCAUACAUCUGGAGAUUGUCAAUGAUAUGUCUACCAUUUCAUUUCUGAACGCAUUUCGCCGAUUCGCCGCCAGGAGAUCACUUCCGGCUAAAAUCAUUUCGGAUAACGCAACAACAUUUCUCUCAGCCGCGGAGGAAAUUAAGAGACUAGAACAAUAUAUGCAGAAUAACCAUGUGACAUGGCACUUUAUUCCCAAACGCGCACCCUGGUUCGGGGGUUUCUGGGAACGUUUGAUAGGACUAACCAAACUCUCCCUUAAAAAGGUAUUGGGACGUGCCCGCGUAGAUUUGGAUGAAUUGAACACUAUUACCGCAGAAAUAGAAGCAACACUGAAUGAUAGGCCAAUCACUUAUGUUAGCGACGGGGAACCACUGACACCAGCUCAUCUCAUGCAUGGACGCCUGCUCAGAACCUUACCGCGCCAUCUAGAGGACGAAGAUGCAACCUUCCAAAUACGGGAGAAUACCGGACAACGAAAUCUCGAGAAACGUGCUCAACGUCUGAAUCAAAUAUUCAAACACUUCCGGCAACGGUGGCGCAAUGAGUAUCUUACCGCUUUAAGAGAAAGGCACUUGCAAAAUGUCAAAUACGCUCCGACUGAAAACGCAAUCAAAGUCGGUGAUAUCGUUCUUGUUCAUGAUGACAUUAAGAAACGUAUUGACUGGACAUUAGCUAGAGUCACCAAACUCGUCUUCGGCAACGAUGGUUUCGUACGCAGCGCCGAAAUCAAAACAAAACAUGGGACUACCAACAGGCCCAUAACAAAGCUGUAUCCGCUUGAAGUUCGAGCAACAGAAGAACUGAACAUUGACAUUGACAUUGGUAAAGACAACUCGGCUAAACCAGCAAUGCAAGACAAUAUCGCUCCGAAUCCUACUCAAACAACUAGGCCUAAGCGGAAAGCUGCCGUCAAGGCCAACAAACUCGUUGCAAACUGGUUGCAAGAUUCAGACUUGGAUUAA